GUUUUUAAACCAAUAGCGCGUAAUUUUGUACCACGACGAAAUUGACAAAGUAAUAGAGGUAGCUAUAAACGAAUAAAGUACUAUUGAGUUCGUAUACAAAACAAAAAAAUUCUACUCGCAAAUACAACAUACCUUUGCUUCUCCACUCUCAUUUACGCAGUUUGUAACGGUACUUGAUAUCUUCGGAAUAACCACAACAUGUUGGCCACUCAACAAAUAGCACACCCCGCCCCUGCUGGGGACGAUGGUGAGGUUAAAGACAGUUUCACCGAUGAAUCUGCGUUCGAUCUGGACCUGGCAUGCAAUGAAUCACGCACAUGGAUGGAGGCAGUUUUGCAGGAGGCAAUCCCCGGACAGGAUAAUAAGCCGUUGUUCCGUGAGAAUUUGAAGGAUGGUCAACGUUUAUGUCGUUUCAUUAACUGUAUCAAGCCACAGUCGGUCAAGAACACCAACAAGAUGAAGGUACCCUUUGCCUGCUUCGAGAACCUGGCUUACUUCACCAUCGCCUGUCGUCAAAUCGGACUCAAGGACACCCAGUUAUUCGUCAACACGGACCUGUAUGGGGCCAACGAGAAGGUUAUCUCGGGGCUGAAAGACGAAGAUAUUGCCGCCAGCACCUUAGCAGCCGAGAAGGAGGAUGAUCGUCAACUGCGUGACUUCUGCAUUACUAUCUACUGGCUGGGUCGUGCGGUACGUGAAAUGUCUGACUACAAAGGGCCGCAGCUGAACUUGGCGGCGUUCGUGAAGUUGUCGUGCUCCAGGUGCCAGGAUAAGAUCACGGAUGAGCAGUACAUCACUGAUGGUCCUCGCAACUUCCACACUAAUUGCUUCAAGUGUGACACGUGCACAAAGGUACCCGCAGCCAACACCGACUACAAGUGGGAUGGCUACCAAGACAAGCUCUUCUGCGCAUCAUGCCGCUGUGUCAGGUGCAAAGAAGGAGUCAAUCCUGGAGGAUUCCGUUCAUGCCCAUGUGACGCCGAUGCUAACGCCAAGAUAUGUCCCACCUGUGACCGUGAGAACCAGUGCAACCGCUGUACCGAGCUUCUGGAAGACCCAGCCAAUGCGGUCAAAGAUGCCAAGGGCAAGAAGCACUGUCCCAAAUGCGUGUGCUCGGAUGGAGACUGUAGCAAACCCUUGGUCGGUGACAAGUAUGUAUCUGACGAUAAGGGCAACAAGUACUGCCCCGACUGUGCGUGCCAACGCGCCGAGUGUGGCAAGUACACCGGCAGCACACCCACGGUAGUGAACGGCCACAAGUACUGUCCCACUACCUGUGUGUGCCAGGACAAGUCGUGUGGCAAGCCUUUCGUCAAUGACAAGUUUAAGGAGGUAGACGGCCAGCGCUUCUGCCCGGACUGCGUAUGCCAACGCGCCGAGUGCGACCGAAUCCCCGCAGACACAGCUAAGACGGUGUAUGGCAACAAGUACUGUCGCGGCUGUGUGUGUGCGGAUGAGGAGUGUAGCAAGCCAUUUGUGAACAAUGAGUUCAAGGAGAGCGAUGGCAAGCGCUACUGCCCAGACUGCAUGUGUCAGCGUGCAG